AUGGCUACACCAAUGAGUGAUGAUAAUGUCGAGAAAAUUCUCGAACCAUUUCGAACAGCUGUUAAAGUUCAAGGUGAUCGUGUGAAAGAAAUGAAAGACAAUAAUGUGAACAAAGAUGAUCCCGAUUUCAAACAAGCUAUCAGCGAACUGAAAUUACGUAAGAAAGCUUUAGAGGAUCAGAUUACGAAAUGGAUGCCCAAGGAAGAAAGUAUUGAUCGUUUGAAAAUGGAAGAUUUACUCAAACGACGAUUCUUUUAUGAUCAAUCGUUUUCAAUCUACGGUGGUGUUAACGGUCUUUAUGAUUAUGGUCCGAUGGGUUGUGCAAUUAAAGCCAAUGUAUUGGCUGAAUGGCGACGACAUUUUAUUCUCGAGGAGCAAAUGCUUGAAGUUGAUUGCUCAAUGUUAACACCGGAGAUUGUUUUAAAAGCGUCUGGUCAUGUUGACCGAUUCGCAGAUUUUAUGGUGAAAGAUGUGAAAACAGGUGAAUGCUUUCGUGCGGAUCAUUUGAUUGAGGCUCAGCUUGAAAGGCUACUCAAGGCAAAGGAUAUUAAUCCUGAAAAGAAGGCAGAAAUCGAACGUUUAUUACCGCAGAUUGAUAAUAUGAAAGGUCCAGAUAUGCAAAAAGUCAUUGAACAAUAUAAAAUGAAAUCCCCGGUUACCAAUAACGAUCUGUCGGAGCCUGUUACGUUCAAUUUAAUGUUUGCAACUUCGAUCGGUCCAACCGGUCAAGUGAAAGGUUUCCUUCGCCCGGAAACAGCUCAAGGCAUAUUCGUGAAUUUCAAACGAUUGUUAGAAUUUAAUCAAGGUCGUUUACCAUUCGCUGCUGCGCAAAUCGGUAACUCAUUUCGAAAUGAAAUCUCGCCCCGAUCAGGUUUGAUUCGAGUUCGUGAAUUUACUAUGGCUGAAAUCGAACAUUUCGUUGAUCCAACUGACAAGAGUCACCCGAAAUUUGAAACGGUUGCUGAUCUUCAAAUUCAACUCUACUCAGCAUCGAAUCAAAUGAGCGGUGAAUCAGCUCAAGUAGUUCGUUUAGGCGAUGCGGUCAAUUCUAAAUUGAUCAACAACGAAACUCUCGGUUAUUUCAUCGGUCGUAUUUAUCAAUUCAUGACUAAAGUUGGUGUCGACAAGCGUAAAUUACGUUUCCGUCAACAUAUGAGCAAUGAAAUGGCUCACUAUGCCUGCGAUUGUUGGGAUGCCGAAUGUAAAACAAGUUACGGUUGGGUAGAAUGCGUUGGUUGUGCUGAUCGAUCAUGUUAUGAUCUAACACAGCACAUGAAAUUCAGCGGUGAACGUCUUGUUGCCGAACGUCCACUUCCAGCUCCGAAAAAGGUUCAAGUUAAUGAAGUUCAAGCUUAUGCGAAUGUGAUUGGUAAAUCGUUCGGUAAAGACACAGCAACUAUUACAAAACAUCUACAGCAACUUUCGCAUGAUGACGCACGAGCAUUACACGACAAACUUGAACAAGGUGAUGAAAAAAUCAAUAUUGAUGGCAAAGAAUUUGCUAUCACACGAAAGAUGUUUACAUUCCGAUCCAUCGAAAAGACAGUACAAGUGGAAGAAUUUGUUCCAUCGGUUAUUGAACCAUCGUUCGGUAUUGGUCGUAUCAUGUACGCUAUGUGGGAACAUAACUUCCGCAUCCGACCCGAAGACGAACAACGCACAUAUUUCACUCUACCGCCAUUGAUUACUCCGUACAAGUGUGUUAUUUUACCGUUGAGUGGUAACGAAGAAUUUAAACCAUAUGUUAAGCAAAUCUCUGCCAUAUUAAUUCAAGCUGGCAUUUCGCAUAAAAUCGAUACGAGUAGCGGUACAAUUGGCCGACGGUACUCACGUUCCGAUGAAAUCGCUGUACCGUUCGCAAUUACAAUUGAUUUUGACACACUUAAACAACCGUAUUCAGUGACAUUGCGUGAACGUGAUACAUUUAAACAAAUUCGUGUUAAGAUUGAUGAGAUCGCAACUAUCCUUCAAGGUCUUUCUACUGGUACAGUCACUUGGGGUGAACUGUGUACCCAAUAUCCGGAAUUUGUUGAACAACAAACAACCAAAGAACAGCAAUAG